AUGAAGGCGCAGCUCUGUCCCCGCCAGCCCGUCACUCCCGGUGCCGAGAGCCUGGUCUGGAGCGUGCUCACAUCGCUCCCCCGGGAGGCAGCUGCUGUCGGGGCGGUGUGGGACAGGCCGAGGUCCCUUUGCAGCCCCCUCGGGGGCUACCGCCGCCUGCUCGCACACUACGGCAGCAUCGCCCGCGCCGUCGGGAAUUCCUCUGAGAGCCACAAUUGUGCCAAAAGCAUCUUGACCUCAGACAGGCUGCAGAUAGUUGUGACCCUUUCAGAGUUCUUCAAUGAAACCUGGGAGGCAGCCAACUGUGCAAAUUGUUUAAAGAAUAGCAGUGAGGGAUUAUCAAAUUCUACUGAAGAAUUCCUGGAUUUAUUCAAUAAAUCUCUGACAUGUUUUGAACAUAACCUUCAGGGGCAAGGCAUUGAUCUGUCACCAAAUAACUACACAGAGGUGUGUAAAAACUGCAAUGAAACCUACACGAAAUUGAAUGACCUGUAUAACCACCUGCAGAGGAUGAACAGGCAAGGCGGUGAAUCCGCGCACUCCGCACACUUGUGCAUCGACGUGGAGGAUGCAAUGAACAUCACUCGGAAGCUUUGGAGCAGGACUUUCAACUGUUCUCUUCCUUGCAGUGAUACAGUCCCAGUGAUUGCAGUUUCAUCCUUUAUUCUCUUCCUACCUAUUGUUUUUUAUCUUAGUAGUUUCCUUCACUCCAAGCAGAAGAAACGGAUACUCAUUUUGCCCAAGCGCAUCCAGUCAAAUGCCAAUCUUGUGAACAUCCAAGAAAAAUACAGCUGAGCUGCAAAACAAAACCUGAGAACUGCUGCUGGUAUACAGUGGGUACAAUUGUGUUGGAAUGAGGCCGGCACAAAAGAGGAGUUAAUUAUGGUUUAGUGUAAUGAUACAGAGCAACACAAGUUAAACAAAAUGCCGUCUGACUUCUAAGUGAGGAUAUUAACAAACAUGAUAAGGCAGGGCUGUGUGACACUGUAUGGACUCUGGUUUUGAAAAAUCCAUGGUGGUUUUUUAAUUUUUCUUUUCAGUCUCAGCUGAAGCUGGUGUUUUUCUGUUCCUAAGCUUUUGUACUUCACAUCAGUAGAAUACCUAUACUUUCCUUGCAUAGCAUUUUGCUAUAUUUGUUUCACACAAACCUGAGAUUUUGAAUCUUUUUGAAAUGAUUUUGGUAGACAGACAAAAUUUCAUAUAAUGUUUGAUGUUUCUGCUUAAAACAUUUUUAAUUCCACAUAAUGUUCAGACUUGGGAUGGAAGGAACACUUUAAAAAAGUUCCCAUCUUUCCUAUACCACUGAAAAGUCAUGCUGCUGGCAUCUGUUAAAAAAGAGGCAUGAAAUAUGCAGAGAAAGUGGUGAUAUAUAGUGUCUAAAAUGGCAACAAAAGCAGCAAAACUGCCAAUGCUGGACUUGAAUAGUAAUUAUUGAUGGCUACAGUAUUCUGUUUUCUCUGAAACUGGUGGCAUAUUUAGUCUUUUGCACACUUUAACCACUGAAAUAAUUGCUUUUCAAAUCUUACAUUUUCAGAAGCUAAUUUUACAUACCUGCUUGGGUGACAAGGUCGCUCCCUGUUUAUUAUGCCAUUUCCUUUUAUUUUCAAUUCUAAUGUGUUGGUGUUUUUUUAUGUUUUUGUAGAGGAGAAGUGAGGUAAAGUCAAGUCACUGGAGAAGCUGAAUUUCCUGGUCUAGAGCUUGCUGUAGCUUAAUACAGAGGUGUUUACAGGAACUUUUUAGGGUGAAAGUUGUGUUUUAGCAGUAAGUGAACCAGUGGAUUCUCUUCCUUAAAAACCAUUCUGGAGAACACGAUAUAUAAUACACUGUAUUGGGAAUUGGUGACUUUCAAGAAAUAAUCUAAAAAUGUUAUACCUGUGAAAUAGAUGGAUGUAAACAAAUUCAAACUUGCAGGACUCCAAAGCUGAUGGAGAAAUUAGUGCAAUAACUGUGGGGAUGGGUGGUGCUGCUGUCACGCUGUGGGCACAAUUUAAAGGCUGCAGCAAUAGUGGCAGUUCAGCUUGUUUAUUGUAUUUCUGAUUUGGGAGAGUGAUGUGGUUUAAAUUAUUUAUAGCUGUACCUGACGUUAAUGAAUGCCAGAGACUUUGAUCCAAUUUUUAAAUAUAUAAUUUCUAACCUCGAGAUAAAAAAAUAAUGGUCAUUACAGCAAAAAAAAAAAAAUUCUCUUGGAAUCUCUGUCUGAUGUCUGUCAAAAUGCCCCAUUAAAUAGUUGUAUUUGAUUUGCUUUGGAGCCUAUAAUGUUGAAUUUUUACUUUGCACUAAGGCUCAAAUAAAUAUAUAGAAGUGUAACAAAACCAA